UAUACGCAGCGCGCAGCGCUCGCAGUUUGAGUAUACUCAUAUAUACAUAUACACGUGAUUCGGCGCAUCACUUUUAGGUUAGAUUGAAGUUCAUACACGUUUUUUAUUUGUGUAACGGCUGAAGAUUGUUAAAAAUGUAAAAGUAAUAAAAUGUGUUUUAAGGAUAAAUGCCCAGUUCUUAACUAUAGAUAGUAAUUCCUGCAAAUUUUUACGUAACCAGAGUUUUAAACAAGUAAAUAAAUCGUCAUAAUGGCCCUAUCAACAGGCCUUAUUCGUCGUCUUGAUAGCAGUGAUGAGCCUUUGCCAAAGCGAUUAAAAUUGGCUGAGAAUGUUUUCUAUAGUCCAGAUCUUCCAAUUGUUCGCAAAGAGGAGUGUAUAUUUCGCUGGCUAUGUCAUGCAUUUUCCAAAGAAAAUAGUUCUGCAAUCUGGACAACAAUUCACAGAUGUCUAUCUUUGGAACCUAAGAAUUUCACAAGAUUAUCUCCAGAAACUAAAAAUCUGCUCAUUGAUAAAUUGGUUGCAAGUCUUAUUGAAUAUCCUCAAACUCAAGUUACGAAUGAAAUGUUGAUGUGUGGUAGUUAUAUUUUGUCGACCACUAAUAUUCAGAGUUAUACAAAAGAUAACAAAGUUGUUGCUCUGAUAAAAACUCUGCUCUUAUUUACGAACAAAGUUCUCAAUUUAUCUGGAGAAACAGAGAAUAAGUCUGAAAAUUGCAUUGGAGCUGUAGAUUGUGCUGAGCAAGCAGUUAGCACAUUUGCUUUCAUAUGUAGACAAAACUUGUCAGAAAAGAAAAAUCUUAUUACCAUUUUUAUUGAAGAAAUAUUUUUUCCAUUAUCAGUGCUCGUAAAAACUCUAAAACUAAAAAAAGUAUCUUCAAAGAUAGUUGUGGAAAGCCAAAAGUGUAUCAAGAGGUUAUUGCUUGGUGGUAUAAACAAUAUUAAUUUGACUAAUGAUGGAAAAAAUGCAAAAGCUGAAGAAUCUGAAGUCAUUUUUGAUAUUUUGAGAAAUAAAGUUAGUGCAUCAAAACUGGAGGAUAUUACAGCAGCAUUUGUUUGUUUAUUUCAGUGUGCAGGCAAUACUUUUCAACAAAAUUCUAAUCUCAUAGAUAUAAUUUUGCGUAAACUUGUAGAAACUGUUGAACAAAAAGAACAUUCUAAAAAAGUUCUGAUUUGUUUAUUGGAAAAUUCGUCAGAUAUAUCUUAUAAUUUUGAUCAUGAAAUAAAAGGAGUCAGCCUCAAAGUUUACUUAAAACAGUACAUUGAAGAAAUUGUAUCAAAGAAGAAACGUUUCAAAAGUUUUGAUUAUGAGUUACUAUGUGCAAUAGCAAAACUCAAUCCAUUGAUUGUAGAAGAUGAAACACAAGCUAUGUUAGAACGAAUUUUAUUUGAAGAUAAGUCACAUGACAAAGAAAUGGCAGCCUAUGAAAAUUUGCUUAAAGAAUUAUGGAAAGCAAGUGUCCGAUUGAGAAGACAGCAAAAAUUUCUUUCUAAAUUUUUACUUUCAAUCAGUAAAUAUCAGGAUAAAGAAGUAGAAUGUUUAGAAUUCAAGAAUGAAUUUCAAUUACCAGAUAAUUUUAUUACUGAGUUCAGCGAAGACUUAAAGAGUCGCACUACCAGUGCUCAAGUUAUAUCAAUAUUUCACACACUUUUGUUUCACUUGAAAUCAGAUUGUAUUGGUAAAUUAAAAACAUCAGGCCCAACAACUCAAGUUUGUAUAACUACAAAAAUUGUUGCUAAGCUUCUUGUCGUUUAUUUCGAACAUUCACACUUUUUAGACAGCUCAUUACCAAAGGAUUGGCAAAAUAAAUUUUAUCAAGUAUUCACUGAUUUAAGAAAUACUUUGGCAUUGUUUUGUGAAGUUAUAUGUGAAACUUCUGUUAAGCAUGAAGAAAUAAGUUUUGUAGCUUUUUCUGAUAUAGUCAGAAUCUGGUGUGAAACUUAUGAUUUAUUGCGGUAUUAUUUACAAAAUUCUGCCUCAGAUAAAUUAGAUUUUCCAGUGAAUGAAUCUCAAUUCAAAGAAUUGAAGCAAAUAAUCAAGAAAUGUAAACAUCAUAAUUGUGAAGAGUCAUUGGAUCAAUUAUGCUUAUUGAAUUCUAUUGUUUACAAUCAUGAUAAUCAACUUGUUCUCAAAGACAAAAUUAUAACACAUUUGUGGUCGUCUAUUUUAGAAAACCACUUUCAAUUAUUGGAAUCCUUUAAUGAAACACAAAUAUUAAAUUUAACAUCUCAUUUUGUUGAAGAAGCCAGUCGCAACCAUGAAACUCUUACUAAAUGGAAAUCUAUUUCGCGAAAUAUUCAUAGAAUGACCAAAAUGUUUGCAACUGCCAUGGCUCUACAAAUCUUUUCAUAUACUGUGAAGGAUGUUGAAGUUUCUACUACAAAAACUAUUAUAGAUAAAGUUGACUUUGGAAAACUAUUAAUAUCACUCAGAGAUUCUGAUAGUCUCAAAAAAGUUUUAAAAAGUGCAAGGAAAGAAAUUCUUAAACAAGACAUCAAAUCAUCAAGCCCUGUUGAUUCAGAUAAGACUAGAAGAAAUCUUAUACUUUUGUCAUCCUUACCGAUUUCGUAUUUAGAUACAAGCAUUCGAUCGUUUUUGUUUAUGGUUUUGUACACUUUGGAAAAAGAAACUGAAAAGAAUCCCGAUCUCAAGGAGUUAUUCACGAAUUUAUAUUUAGAUUUACUUCGUCAAAAUGAUGUAGACGUCAUGAGCAACGUCUCAAACCCAGUUAUUCUCAUAAACCAUUUCAAAGACAACAAACCUGUGCUUCUGAAAGUUUUCAAAUCAUCUUUAACUAGUUUGGCAGCUCUAUCCUUUUGGGAAGAAUUCAUAAGCACGGAAGAAUGCAAUAAAACAAUAAGUUGUAUUUUAUUAUCGUGUAUUGAUAGUUCGAAGAACAAGGCUUCAACCAACGAACAUAAGAUCCUUUUGCACAAUUUGUCUUUAAAAUUAAGUUUUAAAAUUGUUCGAGAACUUCACGAAGGGAUCAGCGAUCCAGAAGAAAUUUCGGGCGUUCGAGUGUCGUUGAAAGUGAUUUUGUUGGAGAAAAAGAAACUGAAAAGCAGUUUGAAAAAUUGCAUAGAGAUGACAUUAAAGAAAGUGGUUGAGAAUUCUGAAACAGCUGAUAAUAGGUUAAUUCACGAAAGCUUACAGUUAUCUUUAGUGACUUUAUCGAAUAGGGAAAAGUUUGAUAUAAACGAAGAUGUAGUAAAAAAGUUAUGUAUUAUUCUGAUUCACAAUCCAGACGGAAAAAUAUUUUCACACUUUUUGGAGGUCCUGAAAGAUAUUGAAUUUGACUAUUUUGCUAAAACGCUUAAUAACGAAACGAAAAAAGGCUUAACAGAAGGCGAUGCAUCUCUUCUAGACAAGCUCAUAACAAUCUGGGAGAGUCUUUCUAAAGCUGAGACCAAAGCAAUACGUUCGAAGUCGCUAUGCACAUCUGUCAAUAAUUUGUUCAACGAGUUAAUCGCUUCAGAUAUAAGAGAAAUUUCGUCAGUUUUUCUAUUAAAAAUGUGUCGAGCAAUUGUAGCGUCCAAAAGAAUGAUUCGACUGUCAGACAGGCUUGUCGAUUCUAUUUUCGUAACAUCAACGCAAAGUUUGAAUGAAUUGUGCAUCGAUACGAAAUUGAUAGCUUGCCAAGAAGCUUUAGGACUUUGCUUGGAUUUCAUAAGGUCAAAAACAGAUUUUCUUUUCGAUAGAUUACCUGCAUUGACUAAUCUUUUCAGAAAAAUCAUUCGGAUUAUUCUGCACGAAGCGAAGGAAACUAAUUUUUCGGACGAACAGAUGCUCAGGAUUCUAGCUGUAGAUAUAGAAAAGUUUUGUACAUUUUUCGCUAAACUAAAGAAAGACGUGGGUAGGAUAAGCCCCUACUUGAUCGCCGACAUUAUCGAUGCUUCGUCACAAGUAGGAGUCCUACCUUCCUUCCUAAAGGUAUCGAUUGAUUCAUCUUUAUCUCAUCUUCUAAGUAAUUGCGAUCGACACGCAAUCAGUUUCCUUUCUCGAACGUUACCGGUAUCGACGCAACAAGUUUUCAAGACUAUUUAUGAUAACUAUAUAAAGUAUCAUAAAUUUACUGGAAAAAUAUAAUAAUGUAUAUAUUAUGGUCGGAUGUAAAAAGGUAUGAUUGCAUAAAAUUGUACAUUCAAUAAAGUAAGUUUGUUAAUUUUAAAAAA